UACAUCAGACAUUCUACCCACACUCAGUAAAUUAAAAAAGCUCUAUUUAUGGGGAACCUAUACGGGUCAUUGUGAUCUCCAGCUGCCUGCAUCGUUACACCGUGUCAGUUUUGAGACAGGCGAAUGUUCCUCUGAGUGGCUGUGCAGCUUGUUAAUCAAGCUUUCUGAGUUAGAUCAUCAUGUAGAGUGUGAGCUAUGGAACUUUGUGGUGCAAUCACGUGGAGAAGAUAGCGGAACUGAUUCAACUAUACAUGUAUCUGACGUGCGAUCUAAACUGUUGUCAUGUGACAUGUCUAAUAUCAAGAUAUUAGUAAAAAAUGGCAUUAAGGAACUGUUUGAAAUAUUCCGUGACACAAGUAUAGGGAUAUUGGACCUGAGAAACGCUGAUUGUGCUUCACAUACAUCAGACAUUCUACCCACACUCAGUAAAUUAAAAAAGCUCUAUUUAUGGGGAACCUAUACGGGUCAUUGUGAUCUCCAGCUGCCUGCAUCGUUACACCGUGUCAGUCUUGAGACAGGCGAAUGUUCCUCUGAGUGGCUGUGCAGCUUGUUAAUCAAGCUUUCUGAAUUAGAUCAUCAUGUAGAGUGUGAGCUAUGGAGCUUUGUGGUGCUAUCACGUGGAGAAGAUUGCGGCACUGAUUCAACUAUACAUGUAUCUGACGUGCGAUCUAAACUGUUGUCAUGUGACAUGUCUAAUAUCAAGAUAUUAGUAAAAAAAGGCAUUAAGGAACUGUUUGAAAUAUUCCGUGACACAAGUAUAGGGAUAUUGGACCUGAGAAACGCUGAUUGUGCUUCACAUACAUCAGACAUUCUACCCACACUCAGUAAAUUAAAAAAGCUCUAUUUAUGGGGAACCUAUACGGGUCAUUGUGAUCUCCAGCUGCCUGCAUCGUUACACCGUGUCAGUCUUGAGACAGGCGAAUGUUCCUCUGAGUGGCUGUGCAGCUUGUUAAUCAAGCUUUCUGAAUUAGAUCAUCAUGUAGAGUGUGAGCUAUGGAGCUUUGUGGUGCUAUCACGUGGAGAAGACUGCGGCAAUGAUUCAACUAUACAUGUAUCUGACGUGCGAUCUAAACUGUUGUCAUGUGACAUGUCUAAUAUCAAGAUAUUAGUAAAAAAAGGCAUUAAGGAACUGUUUGAAAUAUUCCGUGACACAAGUAUAGGGAUAUUGGACCUGAGAAACGCUGAUUGUGCUUCACAUACAUCAGACAUUCUACCCACACUCAGUAAAUUAAAAAAGCUCUAUUUAUGGGGAACCUAUACGGGUCAUUGUGAUCUCCAGCUGCCUGCAUCGUUACACCGUGUCAGUCUUGAGACAGGCGAAUGUUCCUCUGAGUGGCUGUGCAGCUUGUUAAUCAAGCUUUCUGAGUUUGAUCAUCAUGUAGAGUGUGAGCUAUGGAACUUUGUGGUGCAAUCACGUGGAGAAGAUUGCGGAACUGAUUCAACUAUACAUGUAUCUGACGUGCGAUCUAAACUGUUGUCAUGUGACAUGUCUAAUAUCAAGAUAUUAGUAAAAAAUGGCAUUAAGGAACUGUUUGAAAUAUUCCGUGACACACGUAUAGGGAUAUUGGACCUGAGAAACGCUGAUUGUGCUUCACAUACAUCAGACAUUCUACCCACACUCAGUAAAUUAAAAAAGCUCUAUUUAUGGGGAACCUAUACGGGUCAUUGUGAUCUCCAGCUGCCUGCAUCGUUACACCGUGUCAGUCUUGAGACAGGCGAAUGUUCCUCUGAGUGGCUGUGCAGCUUGUUAAUCAAGCUUUCUGAAUUAGAUCAUACUGUACAUUGUGUGCUGUCGGACAUUGUAGUUCAAUCAGAUGGAGUUGAUUGUGACGCUCAUUCAAAUAUACGUGCAUCUGACUUGCGAUCUAAACUUUUGUCACGUGACAUGUCCAAUAUCCUGAUUUUGGUAGGGAACGGCAGCAAGGUGCUGUGUGAAAUAUUUCGUGACACAAGUAUACGGGUUGUACACAUCUGAGUGCCUCUGCUGUUUGUUGAUCAAGCGUUUUGUAUACGAAGAGUGUCCUGUGUGACUUGGUAGAGUAAUAAAGUGGAAACAAAUGUGCCAUUGAUUCAAACUGUUUUGUUUGCCUUCAUGUGACAGCGACUUAUGUUGUAUAUUUCCUUACAAGAUACUAACUCCUCCGUAGUUUAUGAUUGCAUUUCACAAUUAUUAGACAUUCCUCUCAAACUCGGUAAAAAAAAUGCGUGUGUUGUGUGGGACGUGUAAUAUUUUGUAUGAACUGUUUUUUUAAUUAAUAUUACAAUAAUUAAAAUUGCACAUUUGCGAAAAUAAACAGUAAAGCCUUAUUCGGAGCGUGAAAUAUAUUGAUUACGCAUUGCUAUUAUUAAGAAACACAAUAACGAUUAGAUUUUGUUCCUGUGGAAGAUUUAUCAAAGUUUCCUAUGAAUGCUUAAACAUUAUACUGGUUUUAGAAGCACAGGAAAUCUUUUACUUUUCCAAAGGUACUCAAUUGUUAUCCAUUUAUCUGUAUGUUUGUAUUCAUUUUUAGAAUGAUAUGUUAUAAACUGCUGUAGUGUAUAUGUGUCAUCUAUGAACUGAAUCGAGCAUAAAUAAUAAUCGUACAACAGACGCUUGACGCGUUUUAUUUUAUGUACACUAUCUCUUUACAACAUGAAAAUGUAUUCCUAUAUAAGAAGUAUAUGUGUGCGUGCAUUUGUGUUGACGCAAUGUAUUUAUGUAUUGUAAUGAUACUGUGGCUUAGACACUGUGUAUUUGUUGUAAAAUAUGCUUGCGGCCCUAUAGAAUUGCAAUAUUUUAAAGGUAAAAGAAAAUAUCAUGUACAAUGUAUUGUUUUAAGGUUUCGAACAGCGACAUUUGCGAUCGCCGACAUUAAUAAACACUUUGAUCAUUUUUAUAUGAGAAAUAAUACUUGUACGCAAUAGUUUGUUUAGUUCAGAUGCGUAAAACCAAAUCUCCCGUGAUUUGCACUUUUGAUUUAAUCCCUUAAACACAUCUAAACUACCGGCCGGAUUUUAUUUGACAACAAAUUAUGACAAACACGAACCGGUAUUAUUUCGAUUUUAACACGGUUUUAUGCUUUUGGGCAUUAUAACAAACACCACAAUUUAUUUUUUCGUGGGACAAUUUUAGUGUCAUUCUGGGAAUAGCAGUGCUAUUGGAAUUAAG